GCUAUCCAAGUUACUGAAUCCAGAAAAAAAAAAAUGACCUUAUGAACAUGGGAAAAGAAAUUGAGCUAAGGCCCAAGGCAAAUGUCUCUUCUUACAUCCACUUUUUGCUGAAUUACAGGAACAAGUUCAAAGAGCAGCAGCCAAAUACCUACCUCAGCUUUAAAGAGUUCUCUAGAAAGUGUUCGGAAAAAUGGAGAUCCAUCUCAAAACAUGAAAAGGCCAAAUAUGAAGCCCUGGCCAAGCUCGACAAAGCCCGAUACCAGGAAGAGAUGAUGAAUUAUGGUGGCAAGAAGAAGAAGAGGAGAAAGAGGGACCCCUACGCACCCAGACGGCCCCCAUCGUCUUUCUUGCUCUUCUGCCAAGACCACUAUGCCCAGCUGAAGAGGGAGAAUCCGAACUGGUCUGUAGUGCAGGUGGCAAAGGCCUCAGGGAAGAUGUGGUCAGCAACAACAGGUGCUGAAAAGCAGCCAUAUGAGCAAAGAGCAGCUCUCCUGAGAGCCAAGUACCAAGAGGACGUGGAAAUCUACCGUAAACAACGUAAGGCCAACAAGGGCCACCAACGGUCAGCUAAGAACCAGCGAAGAGGGAAAAUGGAGUCGGACAAGGCUGACGGAUCCAAUUAG